AUGCAGCAAUUGGAGACGCAUCAAUUAAAUAUGGCAGGGAGAAAUUUUGUUGGGGAAGAUUUUGUUUUGCGAAAACGGGACAGUCAAUUGGUUUUUGCGACGGUGCACGCAAAUAAAGAGGAGUUAACUGAGGAAUUGGCCGCUGCUAUGCAACGACUCUGGGCCGAUGAAGGAGUUCGAGAAUGCUAUCGGCGUAGUAAUGAAUAUCAAAUAGACGACAGUGCUAAAUACGAUAAUUUUCUGGACAAUUUACCUCGACUUUCAUCGUUAAAUUAUAUACCAAGUGAGCAAGAUUUGUUGCGAACACGAAUCAAAACCACUGGUAUCACAGAGGUGCUGUUUGAGCUGAAAGGAUUGACAUUUAGGUGAGA